GACAGCUUUCAAUCUUGCAAAAUAAAUCCAGUAGCACACUCAGAAAUUGUUUUAAAAUCUUUUAUAAUAGUCAUUCAUUUUGAGCACAACCCAUUUUUGAAGGGUAGAAAUCGGUAGAAAUCGGUGAAGGGGAAAUCCAAAUAUGUCAAAUGAACUCUUGAUUUAGUUAGACUUCACAACUCAAGAUGAUAAUUUUGGCGUUCUUGUUAAUUAUUACUUUCUUACAUUGCUUGCAGUUCAUUACGAAAUCGAGAUGAAAAAUCGAGAUUUUAAGCGGUGUAGUUCGACGGCUGCUUUUUAAAUUUCGGCUUUUUGAAAUUUUGAAAACAAUUCAUGCUUCAUUAGUUUUACUUUUCUGAUGCAGCUUAUAUGUUACAGAAGUGUUUGAAAAAUAAAUCAGUUUUAAUUGCCUCAAUUUAUUCUUCUGAAAACUUUGAUUUCGAACAAAAAGUUCGCUUACUUUUUUGUUUCCAUGAUGAGCAAUUCAGUGGCUGUUUUAUGCGAUGAAGCUUCAUUAUCUUAUGGAAAAUCCACUUCGGAAGAGGGUAAUGGUCUUGACCAAGUGUUGAAUGGACUGAGUUUGAGAGUGGACAAAGGGUCCAUAUAUGGACUGCUGGGGCCAUCGGGUUGUGGGAAGACUACUCUGCUCAAGUGUAUUCUAGGUCAACUGCGAUUAGACAAUGGAGAAAUCUGGCUUUUUGGAAGUCCAUCUCUGAGUCAGCGAACUGGCAAUCAGAUCCCUGGCCGUGAUGUUGGAUACAUGCCGCAAGAUGUGGCCCUUCAUCGGUAUUUCACAAUCAAAGAAGUGUUUCAUUUCUACGGAAGGAUAAACGGAAUGAAAUCGAGUGAAGUUGAAACUCGGGUUGGCUUCUUCUCUGAACUUUUAGAUCUCCCCCCAACCGAGAGGAGAAUAGAGAACUUGAGCGGCGGCCAGAAAAGGCGAGUGUCUUUCGGAGUGGCUCUAAUCCAUUCCCCCAAACUACUCAUCCUGGAUGAACCCACAGUGGGAGUGGACCCCCUGCUGAGAGGGAAAAUAUGGAGUCACCUCACCCACCUGACCAACAUGAGGGGUACAACAGUGAUACUCACUACACACUACAUUGAGGAGGCAAGACAAGCGGAUAAGGUCGGCCUAAUGCGAGAGGGGAGACUUCUAUGCGAGGGAGAUCCCGAAGUCCUCAUCAACUUGGGAGGUGUGAACAACCUGGAUGAGUUAUUUGUUCAACUGUGCACUAACGACUCCGCCGAAGGGAAGAAGGGCUCGAAUAAAAAGAAUGAUAGCAGUUCGUCUUUGUAUGCUGUAUCGGAUCCUAACCUUGCAGCCAAAGUUGCGAUUGUUCCGAGCAAAGAUCAAACAAAACGGAUUCACCAAGAUGCAGAGAAGACCGACCAUUUUCUCCAGAAAUUCAAAAGCUAUCUUAGCCGAAACUUUGGCCAUCCUAGACAACUUAUGGCGUGCAUCAGAAAAGAUAUGAUUUUCAUUACUCGUACCAGAGCUUUGCUACUGCUGUUUUUUCUUCUUCCUUUUUUACAAAUAUCGUUUAUGUUAUUAUAUUGGGGCGGAGAACCAAAAAAGUUACCGAUUGCAGUUAUAAAUGAAGACUAUUCUACUUUCGAAUUUUCCCUAAGUGAGAAAUUUUUGGUCCUUCUUGAAAACUGCGAUACAGUCGAAGUUUAUUACUACAACUCAAUUGAAUCUGCUUUUCAAGCAGUCGACAAGAUGAACUUGAAAGCUGUUGUUCACAUUGGACAAAAUUUUACAUCAUCAUUUGUUACGAGGCAAAUUGAGCCGAAUAACACUUCGGCCGAAAUCACUAAUGAAAAUAGUUUAUCUAUUAGCAUGGACGAAACAGUCAAACUAACUGCCAUGAUUCUACAAGGGAAAAUCGUUGAAGUAUUUGAGCAAGUUGAGCUUGAUUUUCUCGAGAUAAAGUCAAAUCAGAAUAACUUCACAAUUGGCGACAAAUCGCCAGUUAAAUUUAUCAGACCUUUUUACGGCGAAGAAGUUGAAACCUUAACUGAUUACAUGACUCCAGGUGUAAUAUUACAACUAACCUACACAAUCUCGACUAGUCUAACAGGGUCCAAAUCAAUCGUGGAGCGGAAAGAGGGUCUCACUGACCGAGUAUUUGCUUCGGGCGUCACAGAAGUUCUUCUUAUGUUUUCACUCAUGAUUGUGCAAUUCAUUAUAAUGACAGGUCAAGUUUCGAUUUUAUUUAUAACCGCGCUGUUAUUAUUCGAAACAACUUUUCUCGGAAAUAUCUUCUUAGCUCUUUUGCUGACUUACUUACAAGGAAUUACUGGAAUUAUUGUCGGAUUGAUAGUUUCAGCUAUUUGCUCGGAAGAAGCUCAGGCCAUACAUGUUAAUAUCGGAACAAUUUAUCCUAUUUUAAUGUUAAGUGGGGUUAUUUGGCCUCUGGAAGCGAUACCAUACCCAAUGAGAUAUUUCAGCUACCUAAUCCCCUUGACAGUUCCGGCAAUGGCGAUGCGAGAUAUUUUCCUCAAGGGGUGGGGACUAGAACAUAAAGAGGUGUGGGAAGCAAUUUUAGUGAAUUUGGGGUUUAUUGUUGUUCUUCUAUCGGUGGCGGUAUUGUUGCGCAAAAAGAGAACUCACAAGGGGUGGGUGUUUUACUGGAAAAAGACUGCAGGACCGACAAUUGUGAAGGAGAAUUACGACAACAAAGGGAAUGAGCCCAACUCGAGGGUUGUCCAGGUGACGAGCAAGUGUGGCACUCUGGACAACUUGAAACACAAGCCAGGGGGAGGAAAGCAGAAAGUGUUCAACCAGAAGACAGUUUACAAAUAA